CCCACCCCUCCCGCCGGCCCGCCAGCGCGCCUCACGGCUCCUGUCUCCCCUCCCUCCUUCUCUCUCACACGCCUAGCGCAAUGGCGGCGGCCGCGGCGGAGCAGCAACAGUUCUACCUGCUCCUGGGAAACCUGCUCAGCCCCGACAAUGUGGUCCGGAAACAGGCAGAGGAAACCUAUGAGAAUAUCCCAGGCCAGUCAAAGAUCACAUUUCUCUUACAAGCCAUCAGAAAUACAACAGCUGCUGAGGAGGCUAGACAAAUGGCUGCUGUUCUCCUAAGACGUCUUUUGUCCUCUGCAUUUGAUGAAGUCUAUCCAACUCUUCCUUCUGAUGUUCAGACUGCCAUCAAGAGUGAACUACUGAUGAUUAUUCAAAUGGAAACCCAGUCUAGCAUGAGGAAAAAAAUUUGUGAUAUUGCUGCAGAGCUGGCCAGGAAUUUAAUAGAUGAGGAUGGCAACAACCAGUGGCCUGAAGGUUUGAAGUUCCUUUUUGAUUCAGUGAGCUCUCAAAAUAUGGGACUGCGGGAAGCUGCCCUUCACAUUUUCUGGAAUUUUCCUGGAAUUUUUGGGAACCAACAGCAGCACUAUUUAGACGUUAUCAAACGGAUGUUAGUUCAGUGUAUGCAAGAUCAGGAACAUCCAUCGAUCAGGACAUUAUCUGCUAGAGCAACAGCUGCAUUUAUACUUGCAAAUGAGCAUAACGUUGCUCUAUUCAAACAUUUUGCAGACUUGUUACCUGGAUUCUUACAGGCUGUGAAUGACUCAUGCUACCAGAAUGACGAUUCAGUCCUCAAAUCCCUUGUUGAGAUUGCGGAUACCGUUCCAAAGUAUUUGCGUCCUCACUUAGAAGCUACUUUACAGCUAAGUUUAAAGUUGUGUGGAGACACCAGCCUCAACAAUAUGCAGCGCCAGCUUGCCCUUGAAGUCAUCGUGACCCUCUCUGAGACUGCGGCUGCCAUGUUACGAAAACAUACCAACAUCGUUGCACAGACUAUUCCUCAGAUGUUAGCAAUGAUGGUUGACCUUGAAGAGGAUGAGGACUGGGCAAAUGCAGAUGAGCUGGAAGAUGAUGACUUUGACAGCAAUGCGGUUGCUGGGGAGAGCGCCCUGGACCGAAUGGCCUGUGGACUUGGUGGGAAGCUGGUGCUGCCAAUGAUCAAGGAACACAUCAUGCAGAUGCUCCAAAAUCCUGACUGGAAAUACCGGCAUGCAGGAUUAAUGGCCUUAUCUGCCAUUGGUGAAGGAUGCCACCAGCAAAUGGAAGGAAUUUUAAAUGAGAUAGUAAAUUUUGUUUUGCUUUUUCUUCAGGAUCCUCAUCCAAGAGUAAGGUAUGCAGCCUGUAAUGCCGUGGGACAGAUGGCUACAGAUUUUGCACCUGGUUUCCAAAAGAAAUUUCAUGAGAAGGUGAUUGCAGCCCUGCUGCAGACAAUGGAAGACCAAGGCAAUCAGCGAGUGCAGGCCCACGCCGCUGCCGCUCUUAUUAACUUCACUGAGGACUGUCCCAAAUCACUACUUAUCCCAUAUUUAGACAAUCUGGUGAAACAUCUGCAUUCCAUCAUGGUACUUAAGCUUCAGGAGUUGAUUCAGAAAGGCACCAAGUUAGUGUUGGAACAAGUUGUGACAUCUAUCGCAUCAGUUGCAGAUACUGCAGAGGAAAAAUUUGUCCCCUACUAUGAUUUAUUUAUGCCAUCACUAAAGCACAUUGUCGAGAAUGCAGUUCAAAAGGAACUCAGACUUCUCAGAGGAAAAACUAUUGAGUGCAUCAGCCUCAUUGGUCUGGCCGUUGGGAAGGAAAAAUUCAUGCAGGAUGCAUCAGAUGUGAUGCAGCUCUUAUUGAAGACCCAGACAGACUUCAGCGAUAUGGAAGAUGAUGAUCCUCAGAUCUCUUACAUGAUCUCAGCAUGGGCCAGAAUGUGCAAAAUUCUUGGAAAAGAAUUUCAGCAGUACCUUCCAGUGGUUAUGGGGCCUUUAAUGAAGACUGCUUCGAUUAAGCCUGAAGUAGCCCUUUUAGAUACCCAAGACAUGGAGAAUAUGAGUGAUGAUGAUGGUUGGGAGUUUGUGAACCUUGGGGAUCAGCAAAGUUUUGGUAUUAAAACUGCAGGACUGGAGGAAAAGUCUACUGCUUGUCAGAUGCUGGUUUGCUAUGCUAAAGAGUUGAAGGAAGGCUUUGUGGAAUAUACCGAGCAAGUUGUCAAACUGAUGGUCCCUCUACUGAAAUUUUACUUCCACGAUGGUGUUCGAGUGGCAGCAGCAGAAUCCAUGCCUCUCCUCCUGGAAUGUGCGAGAGUUCGUGGUCCUGAGUAUCUUACACAGAUGUGGCAUUUUAUGUGUGAUGCUCUAAUCAAGGCCAUUGGCACAGAACCAGAUUCAGAUGUCCUCUCAGAAAUAAUGCAUUCUUUUGCGAAGUGCAUUGAAGUUAUGGGAGAUGGAUGCCUUAAUAAUGAACAUUUUGAAGAAUUGGGAGGAAUAUUGAAAGCUAAACUCGAAGAACAUUUUAAAAAUCAAGAAUUGCGGCAAGUUAAAAGACAAGAUGAAGACUAUGAUGAGCAGGUGGAAGAGUCACUACAAGAUGAGGAUGAUAAUGAUGUUUAUAUUCUGACCAAAGUGUCAGACAUUUUACACUCAAUAUUCAGUAGCUACAAGGAAAAGGUGUUACCAUGGUUUGAACAGCUGCUUCCGUUAAUUGUCAACCUAAUUUGUCCACAUAGACCAUGGCCAGACAGACAAUGGGGAUUGUGCAUCUUUGAUGAUGUCAUAGAACACUGUAGUCCAGCCUCAUUUAAAUAUGCAGAAUAUUUCUUAAGGCCAAUGCUCCAAUAUGUAUGUGACAACAGCCCAGAAGUCAGGCAAGCAGCUGCAUAUGGCUUGGGAGUCAUGGCACAGUAUGGUGGAGAUAACUAUCGUCCUUUUUGUACAGAAGCACUUCCACUGCUGGUAAGAGUUAUUCAGUCAGCCGAUUCUAAGACCAAAGAAAAUGUCAAUGCUACAGAGAACUGCAUCUCAGCAGUAGGGAAAAUUAUGAAGUUCAAGCCCGACUGUGUGAACGUUGAAGAAGUCCUGCCACACUGGUUGUCUUGGCUUCCACUACAUGAAGAUAAAGAAGAAGCUGUUCAGACCUUCAAUUAUCUGUGUGACUUGAUUGAAAGUAAUCACCCCAUCGUUCUUGGCCCAAACAAUACCAAUCUGCCCAAAAUAUUCAGUAUAAUUGCAGAAGGAGAAAUGCAUGAGGCAAUUAAACAUGAAGAUCCUUGUGCCAAACGUCUGGCUAAUGUAGUUCGUCAAGUACAGACUUCUGGAGGACUGUGGGCCGAGUGCGUGGCACAGCUGAGUCCCGAGCAGCAGGCGGCCAUGCAGGAGCUCCUGAACUCUGCUUGAAGGGCCUUAAUAUCUCCACCAGAAAGCUAACUCCAAAUAAACGUUUACCCUUU